GGCGGCCGGCCCCUCCCUUCGCGGGGGCGCGCGGCGCGGAGGACCGCACUGAAAGGGGGAAGUCAGGUGGCCGCUGCCGCCACCAGCGCCACAGUCUGUCGCCAGAAGGAAGAUGGCGGAUCUGGAGGAGCAGUUGUCUGACGAGGAGAAGGUACGUAUAGCAGCGAAAUUCAUCAUUCAUGCCCCUCCUGGAGAAUUUAAUGAGGUUUUUAAUGAUGUUCGGUUACUGCUUAAUAAUGAUAAUCUUCUCAGGGAAGGAGCAGCUCAUGCAUUUGCACAGUAUAACUUGGACCAGUUUACACCAGUAAAAAUUGAAGGUUAUGAAGACCAGGUGUUGAUAACAGAACAUGGAGAUUUGGGAAAUGGAAAGUUUUUAGAUCCAAAAAAUAGAAUCUGCUUCAAAUUUGACCACUUAAGAAAGGAAGCAACUGAUCCAAGACCCUACGAAGCAGAAAAUGCGAUUGAAUCAUGGAGAACUUCAGUAGAAACAGCCCUACGAGCUUAUGUAAAAGAACAUUACCCAAAUGGGGUCUGCACUGUAUAUGGUAAAAAAAUAGAUGGGCAGCAAACCAUUAUUGCAUGCAUAGAAAGCCAUCAGUUCCAAGCAAAAAACUUUUGGAAUGGUCGUUGGAGAUCAGAAUGGAAGUUUACAGUCACUCCUUCAACCACUCAGGUGGUUGGCAUCUUGAAAAUUCAGGUUCAUUAUUAUGAAGAUGGUAAUGUUCAGCUAGUCAGUCAUAAAGAUAUACAAGAUUCCCUAACAGUGUCUAAUGAGGUGCAAACAGCAAAGGAAUUUAUAAAGAUUGUAGAAGCUGCAGAAAAUGAAUACCAGACUGCCAUCAGUGAGAAUUAUCAGACAAUGUCGGACACUACCUUCAAGGCCUUACGUCGACAGUUGCCAGUAACCCGCACUAAGAUUGACUGGAACAAGAUCCUUAGCUACAAGAUUGGGAAAGAGAUGCAGAAUGCAUAGAUGAGCAGUGCAUGACCAGAUCGUUGUAGUGUCUUUGCAUUUAAAAAAAUUAUUGCAAAAGUAUUCUGAACUGUCAAGUUGCCCAGUCAGAUGGGCUAUUGCCAUUUAAAAUCACUGUAAUUAACUAGUUUAGUUAGAGCACAAAGCUUAGCUAAUCAACCAUUAUUUUUCAUUUCUUUUGUUCAAAGAGGAUUGAAAAUGAGUUGAGUUUAAAUAACUUUUACUUUCUGUUACUCCUAUCUUACAAUGAAGAGGUGAUUCUUCUAGGUUAUGCUUAAAAGUUCUUGAAGUAUUUCAAAACUAUUUUACUUACUGUAACCCUGAAAUUGUUGCCUUUGACUUAUGAAAUGGGUAACUUUUGAUAUUAGCCCAGUUCUUUUUAGUGGGGUCAAUAAUGGACACUCUAGUUAAGGUGGUUGAUGGACUUAGCCAUAUAUGCUGCUAAAGAAAUUGUCUACCUUUUCCCUUCACCUCACCCACUUAGGUAAGAUUGAGAUUAGAGGGAAAGCAUUUUCUAUACCAAUUAUGUUGAAACCUUUUCAGUAAGGUUAUUUAGCUAGCUUAGUGUUUAACUAAACUUUUUUUAAACAAGGCCAAGUUCUGUUGCUGUUUUAAGAUUCUGAAAUUAAAUAAGAAUAAUUAUUUCAGAAAUGCAUUUAAUGCUUUUUUUUCCUUGUGACAGUUAUGCAAAUUAGCUUGAAUUCCAUAUGUCCCUGAGUUAUUUUUAUCACAAAGCCACAAAUGUAUUAUACUAAGGCAAAUUGUAAUAUAUAUAAUCCUGAACUCAUGACCGUGUCUCAGUUGACUUUUUUUUCCACCACCUUGGAUUGAAAAGUACUGAAUUUCAGUGUGACAUUAAAAUGCGAAUUUUGCUAUUUAUUUGAGUAGGCAAGUCACCAGUGAAUCAUAUACUAUUUUAAAAUACUUUUUUUGGAUAUUGUCAUUCCUAACAGGUUGUAAAUUAGAGAAAUUGGGAGUACAUAUGGUAUGCAAUUGCAGUCAUCUUCCUAUGCAUCAUAAGCAUGUUUGUAAUACUUUAAAAAUAGAUCUACUGACACCACAGGGAUUUCAAGCCUGGGUGAAUGUUAGUAUUUACUAUAAGGAGUUGGUGGAUUUGUGGUUUCAUUCAGUAGUUUUGCUGCUUAUACUUGAGUGGAAUCCAUUCCUCAUGUACUCCAGCAGACAUCUGGACCUGGAAAUGUUUUUUUAAAAAAACACUUUUACUAUGUAUAAUAAAAUAUUUCAUUAGCUUGAAUUGUAUAGAUUUUUAAAAAUUCAAUGAAAGCAUGUUAAUUUCUUUUUAAAAUCACUGUUGGGCUUUUAAAGCAUUGAGAAUAUAUGAAAUUAUGAUAAUUUUGACUAAAUUACUUUCUCUUCAGUUUAUAAGUUUUGGCAUAUCAGGAUUCCUAAAGAAAAUGAACUGGAUAUUUAA